AUGGCAGCUAUGUCAAUGUCACGUCUUCCGAGAGAUAUUCAAGUCGAAAUCCUUCUGAAAUUACCAGCAAAAUCGAUAUUAACUUGUAAGUGUGUAUGCAAACUCUGGCUUAAUCGAAUUUCUAGCCCUAAAUUUAUCAAUGAUCAUCUUAAAAUUAGUAUCCAGAAUAAGAACAAUCAUAAGAUCAUGCUUAUGGAUAAGGAGUCAGAUACCGGUAAGCGUUUGAUAUACUCUAUAGAUUAUGCUUCAAUUACAUCAACACCAUAUUUAUCAUGUGAGUAUCUAGGUGAAAAAGCUUCUCUCAUGGAUACCCCAUUUGAAUACAAGAAAGGUAUGGAUGUUAGGAUUUUGGGUACUUGUAAUGGUCUCAUUUGCUUGGGUAUUUUAAUUGAUACAAAGACUAGCAUUUGUAUUUGGAACCCAACAACUAGAGAAUUCAAGGAAAUACAAAAUUGUGAUUUUCAUAUCAGCCCCAGCAAAAUUUCUAGAGAUGGAUUUGGUUACGAUAACAAAACUGGUGAUUACAAGAUGUUAAGAAUUGCGGAUGAGAAAGAAUCUGGUUACUGUGAAUUUGAAGUAUAUACAUUUGGAUUACAAUUGUCAAAAACUGUUUUGACUUUCCAUCAUGAGUUUCCAAUUGAUGUAUCACUUCGUGGUGUUUUUCUGAAUGGAUGUCUUCAUUGGAUAAGCAAUUAUCCAUACAACCUAGGUACCUCCAAGUAUAUAGUCUCUUUUGAUAUUAGUAAUGAAAAACUUAUGGAUGCGUCGUUGCCAGAAAAAAGUAUAGUACAUCCAGAACCAGAAGAUAACAACACGAAAGAGUAUAUGAAAGUAGGAGUAUUGGGAGACUGCCUUAGUUUAGUUUUAGUCGACGAGGAGUAUGUCCGAGCUGAAGUAUGGGUAAUGCAGGACUAUGGAGUAAGACAAUCUUGGGCUAAACUAUUCACCACCACCCAUGAAUCAAUCACCAUGUACGCAUUCCUCUGUACGCCGAUGAUUUUACUCAGAACUGGUGAAAUUAUGAUGUAUACGUGUGACGGUUUUGUUUUAUGUGACCCAAAGAAUGAAAGAGUUGGAAAGGUAUUUAGGUUAUUAAUGAAGUUAAUACAGAUGCUUAGAGACAUAUCUAGAACUGCAGUGCAGCUAACAGAUGCAUUGAGCAAAAUUGUGAUGAUGAUUAUGCUUCACUAG